AAUGCCUACAAACUUUGCUCUCUUUUUCUUGGGAAUUCUUAAUGUUCCCUUGGCGACUGCUCUCUCCUUCGACUUCCCUUCCUUCGACCAAAGCAGUCUUUCCAAAAUCACACUUCAAGACCAUGCAUCAUGGUCUAGUUCUAAUAACGGUUGCUUUCAGCUUACCAGAAGUGAGCGAGAUGGCAAUAUGCAAUCUAGCCAGGGAAGAGCCGUAUACGCGGACCCUCUUCUGCUCUGGAAUAAUUCUGAUUACCUGACCGAUUUCUCCACCCAUUUCGCCUUUAUAAUCAACCCGAAUGGCCAAAGGCAGCCAGGAGAUGGCAUGGCUUUCUUCCUCUCUCCAUUUCCUUCCAACUCCAGUAGCUAUCCCAAUUCCGGUGGCUGCGGCCUCGGCUUGUUCAGUGCUAUGGUAUGUCAGUCAUCGACAGACAGCAUCUCCUCACAGCCGGUUCCGAUUGUGGCAGUGGAGUUUGACACGUACCCAAAUCCUGCACUCGACGAUCCAUCGACUCCUCAUGUCGGGAUCGAUGUCGGCUCAGCCAGGUCAGUUGAGUACAAAACAUGGGACGCCGAUGGAGGUGAUGACAAAUGGCAGGGAGAUGCAUGGGUGAGCUACGAUUCAGGCACUCAUAAUUUAAGUGUUGUCCUAGCUCUAAGAUCAAAUGGGUCCCGUACUACGAAUUACAGCCUUAGCUACAUCGUGGACCUUCGGGAGGUGCUUAUCUCAUCCGAGGUUGCGGUAGGGUUCUCGGCAUCGACGGGAAUUAAUAAUGAGACACACACACUUUUAUCAUGGAAUUUAUCUUCGACUCUGGUGAAACAUCCUCCCGUGCGACGACGCAAAAGCAAAACAGGGCUCAUUGUUGGCAUGGUCACAGGGGUAGGGACCCUCCUCCUCCUCUUGCUGUUGGGUUUCGUGUUCUUGUGGAGCAGGAAGAAGAGGGCCAACAUUAUCAGGGACCAGCACCAGCUGCUUGAUGAUGGCUUAGAGAUACAAGGAAGGCCAAAUGGGUUCUCGUACGAAGAGCUAGCCGCUGCCUCGAGGAACUUCUCUGAGGACGUCAAGCUUGGGGAAGGUGGAUUCGGCUCGGUCUACAAAGGCCGUCUGGAGAGAUUGAACGUUGACGUCGCCAUUAAGAGGUUCGCCAAGGAGUCGUCCAAGCAAGGAAAGAAAGAGUACUUCUCUGAACUCAACGUCAUAAGCCGGCUCGGACAUCGUAAUCUGGUUAAGCUGGUCGGCUGGUGCCAAGAACAACAAGAACUCCUCCUCGUCUACGAGUUCUUGCCCAACGGUAGCCUCGACUCGUGGCUGUACUCCGCGCAAAAUCAUUUGAGGUGGCCGGAGAGGUACAAGAUCGCACUCGACUUGGCCUCUGCGAUGCUCUAUCUCCAGCACGAAUGGGAGCAGUGCGUGCUGCAUCGCGAUGUCAAGCCGAGCAAUAUCAUGUUGGACUCUGCAUUUAACGCCAAGCUAGGAGACUUCGGCCUCGCUAGGCUCAUCGACCACGACCUCAGCUGGAAGACCACGGUGAAUGCCGGAACGCUGGGGUACAUGGCCCCUGAAUAUCUUGACAGUGGCAAAGCCAGCAAAGAGUCAGAUGUCUAUAGCUUUGGAGUCGUGGCCCUCGAGAUUGCUUGUGCGAGAAGACCGAGCACGGGCAAACUAGUGGAACGGGCGUGGGAAUUUUAUGCCAAAGGCAGAGUAGUUGAAGCAGCCGAUGAGAAGCUAAACGGUGAAUUUGAUGAACAACAAAUGGAGCAAGUGUUGGUUGUAGGAUUGUGGUGUGCUCAUCCAGACUUCAAUCUGCGACCCUCAAUGAAGCAGGCGAUAAACGUGCUCAAUGGGCAGACAGCACUGCCAAAUCUUCCUCCGUGCUAAAAGAUAAACUUGAUUUUAAUGAAGAAUGUAGUUAUUAUUGUUUGUCAAGAGAUACUGAACUGAAUCUUGUGUGUUUGUUUCGUUUAUCAAAUUUAUGUGACCUGAUUUAAUAUAUGGUAUGGUAGCAAAAGUGGUAUU